AUGAAUGUCGAUGGACGACUGGGAUGGAUGAUCAUGGAGUUGCCUUCUCCCAUCAUGUUCUGCUUGGCGUUCUGGGCGCGCAUGGAAGGCUUGGACUCUUCCGGUCCCCCGAAACAGGCAUUGUUCCUUGUCGUAUUAUACGUCGUACACUACCUCAAUCGGGCUGUGAUAUCCCCUCUGCGUACCGCGUCACGCUCACCAUCUCAUAUUAUCAUCCCAAUCGUAUCCAUUCUCUUCAACGUGCUGAACGGUUCGCUCAUAGGCACAUAUAUCGCAGCCCUGUACAACGCCUCCAGGACUUCCCCAACUCCAUCUUCAUACCCUGGGCCGGCAUUCCUUGGUGGCAUCUUACUCUUUGUUGCCGGCUUCGCCUCCAAUGUAUGGCAUGAUGAGGUUCUUUUGAAAUUACGGAACAACUCUCACAACGGACCUGGCUCGAGCGAGGAACGAUAUAAGAUCCCUUAUGGAGGGCUGUAUCGUUUCAUCUCGUUUCCGAACUACCUAUCAGAAUGGCUGGAAUGGAUUGGAUAUGCGGUUGCCGCCACUUCGUUGGCUUCCUCGGUUCGCCAAUCACUAGUUGAGCCAUACGGCCUUGGAAAGGCAGGGUGGUAUACUCCUCCAUGGAUGUUCGUCGCGGCAGAAAUUGCAGCAAUGCUUCCCCGCGCAGUAAGAGGUCAUCAGUGGUAUCGUGGUCGCUUCGGGGAAGCGUACCCAUCUAGAAGGAAGGCUGUUUUCCCUUUUCUUUUGUGA